AUGACAACAUUGCAGCAGCUGAGUGACAAGGAGGCGGCUGUUGUGAAGAAGAUGUUUGGUCGACUGACCAGGGAAUGCACAUUGUGGCAUCCUGCUAAGUUGCUCUGUGUCAGAUUCAAUGUUGAAGAUCCCUAUCCUGAAAGACAUAUUAAUAGAGGAAAUAUUGCAUCAAUUACAAUGGUUUUCCAUUUCAAUUACAGCUCAGUUAUUGUUGGAUUGCCAGUGUCGAAAAAGGCCAAGCACUCCAUUUUUAAUUUCUUGCAGCACAAUUUUACAACUUCGGGCGAUGUCAUUAAAAAUGAUAAUGACGUUGAACAGUCUUUAAAUAGUAAAGCCGUUGAUGCUGAUUUUAAUAGGAAACCACCUACCCAAGCCACAAAGCCUCUAGCUAUUCUAUCAAAAGUGGAUUUAAGGGUACCUCAAUCAUCAUCAUCAUCAGAAGCUGCAGUUUCCAACAUACAUCUGAUACCGGCUGAUGAUGUUAUGUCUCGAAAUCAACAACCACUUGAAAUUAAAAGCGCAACAACACUAGCUACUUCAACAAUAACAACAACGUCAAUAGUAGCGACUGCAGCCACGUCAACAAAAGCAACUGAUAUAGCUUGUGGCGGCAGUAACGAUCGCGAUGAUGAUGAUGCUGGUGGUGGUGUGGAUAAUGCUAGUGGUGAGAAUGUGGAGCCUAAGAGGCCGAGCAUUGAUCUGUUCAAAGCGAUUUUUGAGGAUGAUGAUGACGACGAGGAUGAAGUUGGGAAUGGAAACGACGAAGAGACCUACGACGACACUGAUAAAGUUGAUGUCGAUGCAACAAACAAAUCAUCACCAACAUCUGACAACUAUAUCUCAUUCAAUAGCUCUAACCUGGACCAGAAUUCUACUACUUCUGGUGCAGUGUUAAACGUCCCUGAUGAUUGCAUAGCAUCAGCGGAGAAUGAUGGCAAAACUCCAAAGAAUGAGUCAACAGUACGACCUGGUUCCAUCAUUUCAACGACCUUCUCAAGUUUCCAAGCAACUCUACAUCCCCAGAGGCAUUUCUUCAAACCUCCUGACAAGAAAGAAAAAGAUUCACACGAUCCGGCAAAACACAAGAAGAGCAGAAAACACAAAUCGUCAGACAAGCACAAAAAGCAUAAGAAAUCAAAAAAGUCUAAAAAGAAAAAUCAUAAAAGAGACCAAAGCAGUGACGAUGACGAUAGUGACAGUGACGAAGACGCUCAUCGUCACAAUGAUGAACAUAAACAUUCUAAAAAAGAUGAAAAAUUACUAUCCAAGUUAAAAAGAUACAGCCUGACGUUACCACACUGACGCACACAAAAACUCAACAUGUGUAAAGUUGUUUUUAAUUUAUACGAUUCAUAUUUGAUUUUUUAACGGAAACGGAGAAAAAUGUAUUAUGUCUAAACUUUAACUGAUGAUUUUUAAA